CACAAGCGUAGCACACCAUCAAGAUGGCGGCUGGGCUGCGGAAACGCGGCCGGCCGGGUUCCGCGGCCCAGCCGGCGGGACUCUGUAGACAAUGGCUACAACGCGUCUGGCAAGAACGACGCAUACUGCUGCGGGAGCCGCGCUACACGCUGCUGGUGGCCUCCUGCCUCUGCCUAGCAGAGGUGGGCAUCACCUUCUGGGUCAUUCACAGGGUGGCAUACACAGAAAUUGACUGGAAGACCUACAUGACCCAGGUGGAAGGUGUCAUCAAUGGCACAUAUGACUAUACACAACUGCAGGGUGACACUGGACCUCUUGUCUACCCAGCUGGCUUUGUGUACAUCUUUAUGGGGCUAUACUAUGCCACUGACUGGGGCACUGAUAUCCGCAUGGCCCAGAACAUCUUUGCUGUGCUCUACCUGGCCACCUUGCUACUUGUUUUUUUGAUCUAUCACCAGACCUGUAAGGUACCUCCCUUCGUUUUUUUCUUCAUGUGCUGCGCCUCAUACCGUGUCCACUCCAUCUUUGUGUUGCGGCUCUUCAAUGACCCAGUGGCCAUGGCACUGCUCUUCCUCAGCAUCAACCUCUUCCUAGCCCAGCACUGGAGCUGGGGCUGCUGCUGUUUCAGCUUGGCCGUCUCUGUGAAGAUGAAUGUGCUACUCUUCGCUCCUGGAUUGCUAUUUCUUCUCCUCACUCAGUUUGGCUUCCGUGGUACUCUCCCCAAGUUGAGCAUCUGUGCUGGUCUUCAGGUGGUGCUGGGGCUGCCCUUCCUGCUGGAGAAUCCCAUCGGCUACCUAUCCCGCUCCUUUGACCUUGGCCGCCAGUUUCUUUUCCGCUGGACAGUGAACUGGCGCUUCCUCCCUGAGGCCCUUUUCCGGCAUCGUGGCUUCCACCUGGCCCUGUUGAUUGCCCACCUUGCCCUGCUUUUGCUGUUUGCCCUCUUCAGGUGGCACAGGACAGGGGAAAGUAUCCUGUCGCUGCUGAAGGAGCCCUCCAAAAGGAAGAGUCCUCCCCAGCCCCUCACACCCAAUCAGAUUGUUUCUACCCUCUUCACUUCCAACUUCAUUGGCAUCUGCUUCAGCCGCUCCCUCCACUACCAGUUCUACGUCUGGUAUUUCCACACACUGCCCUACCUCCUGUGGGCCACGCCUGCACGCUGGCUCACACAUCUGCUCAGAUUGUUGGUGCUGGGACUCAUCGAGCUCUCCUGGAACACAUAUCCAUCCACAUCCUGCAGCUCUGCUGCCCUGCAUGUAUGCCAUGCUGUCAUCCUGCUGCAGCUCUGGCUGGGCCCUCAAUCUUUCCCCAAGAGCAUCCAACACAACAAGAAAGCCCACUAAAGUCUGCCCCUUUUCAUCUGGCUACUCUCAGGACCCUGGGUAGGAUGGGCUCUGUGCCUCUCCCAAUAAACCUUGCCAAGUCCACCUCUGUACAACCUCCGUGGAGGUAGUGACAGCUGGUGUCUGGAUCAAGCUUUGAGGAGCAUGUGCCCGGUAGAUAAAGACCUCACUCAGGUAGU